GUCUAUGGUGAGGUUGUUUGACAUUUUUUCUGAAAAGCGGCGUGUUUUCAGAUUUAGCAUUUUUGUGUUUUUUGGUUUUAGCUCGAUUACGAAAACUAAAAUUAGAUAGCUAUGGCGUCUACAUCUAAACCUCGUUCGGAGAUGACUCUGGAAGAGUUGGCGAAGAUCGAGGAAGAAGAAUUUAGCACAGGACCCCUAUCGGUUCUCACGCAAUCUGUGAAAAACAACACACAAGUGCUUAUCAAUUGCCGAAACAAUAAAAAACUUCUGGGUCGUGUGAAGGCCUUCGACCGGCAUUGCAACAUGGUUUUGGAGAAUGUAAAAGAAAUGUGGACUGAAGUACCCAGGACCGGUAAAGGGAAAAAGGGCAAAGCAGUCAAUAAGGACAAGUUCAUCUCAAAAAUGUUCCUGCGUGGCGAUUCUGUAAUUCUAGUGCUUAGAAAUCCAUUAGCGACAGCUGCUGGAAAGUAAAUUUAUCAUAAGUUUAUUCUAUAAGAACUUACACAAAUACCACUUGUAGACUUUGUUUAACUUGGAUUUCAGUUUUUAUAUUGAACAAUUACUUUAUAUCAAAUUAAAACUUGUGUUCACUCACUACAAAAUAUGUUCUAACAACUGCAAUCUUGAUUUGGAUGCAAUGCAAUUGCUUUCGGAUUGUGUCUGGAAUGUCGUCAUCCUAUUAAUUAAUAUUACUUUUCUAUAACUGCCAUUAUCUUUGUAAUUUGGGCAAGACUGUAUAGUGGCAGUUUAUCAGAUUAUGUAUUAAUAUAAGUCUACAAUGUUGAGUGAUAACUUAAUUUGUUUAAGAAUGAAUGUGGGAGAGCCAAAAUUUGUAAUAAACAAAUUCACCAAAA